GGCAACCAGUUGGUAACGAUCGCUUCACGCGCCCUGCCACGAAAAACUCCAGAGUAAAACGGAAACACUGGUGCGGUGAUAAGCUUCGAGGGCUGGCGAAAACCGGACGUCGAGUGGCGUGAUUCGCUGAACACAUCGGCCGGUGAUCGACGGAAAACUGAUUCAUCGCGGUGAGUUCGCCGGUCGCCGAUCGAAACCUCGGGAUUUAGUGAUUUGGUUUUGGCGAACCUCGUGAAACACACCCGUCCCCACUUUGACGAGAAAAGAGCGGGCGAGAAACGAUCGUCCAACUGUGAAACAUCGUACUCGCGGAGAUGCGAACCGGAUAGAAACGAUGAAGAAACGCGGCAACCAUGAGACGAAAGCUGGCAAGGGACGACAGAACGAAACGAGCAACGCGGACGACAAGAAGAACGAGGAGAAGGACGACGCGCGUUUAAACGACGCGGAGAACCAAGGGUUCAGCGAGUGGCUCCGAUCUAGCGACGGCCUCGAAAUGAUGCGGCUGUUCGUCAUCGCCAAUUCGAUUCUGGUGUUCGUCACCGUUGGAUUCCCAAAAAUACAGGAGGCUUUCGGCGUCCUCAAGGACUACUAUCUCGGAGAAACGGAGUAAACGGAGAACUUCGGACGAGGUUCGACCUUUUCGUCGAGAUCGAUAUUACGCGAUCGCGUUUUCCUCGAAACGAUUCGACGUUCGUAGCUCGUGCAUGCUUCGCUUCCUGAAACGUGAACCCUAGACCCUGCAUCGGCGCAAAACGCGUAACACGAUUCGACAUCGAAGAGGACAACAUCGAUAUACAGAAAUAUUUAUUUUCGUCUUGCUCUCUCGUAACGCAGUAUCGAUUCUCUAGGUCGCAAAAU